UGUUAUGACAGAAUAUUACAUUUAGCAUAUCGGCUGUUUGUCGCAUUUGGAUUGCAUCGUAUCGUGUCACAAAAGUUUCGUUAAUGCUGUUGCCUUCAUCAAUGGCCCGGAAGAUCGCGUAUUCAACGAUGCACACUGCUACUGAACUUUAUAUUUUGUUCGUGUUUUUCACUUUGAGAGCGAACCUCAGCUGCUCCUCAGGAGAGAACAAUUUGCAGGAUAGUUUUAAUGGACGGCUGUUUUCAAAAACCGAGUACCGCUAUUUGGAUGUUCCACAUUUUGCAGCAACGAGGGUACACGACGAACUUGAGUGCGUCUUUCGAUGCCUCAGAAGCCACAGAUGUCUUUCAGCAAACAUGGCUACCUCUAAAGAAGCAGAUGAACAGUUUUGGUGCGAGUUGCUGUCGUCUGGAAAAGGCAGAAAUGUUAUGGAGUUCAAAGAAAACAAGAGUUCGCAUCACUUUUCAAUUAUGUCGACUUGUCCAUCCUCGAGGUGUCAUAACAGAGGUACCUGCCUGAUAACUGAGAUUGGAAAUGAUGCGUUUGAAUGUCUUUGCGAGGAAGGUUUUAUAGGAAAGAAUUGCAGCAUAGCUGCAAAGUCAUGCAAAGAGCUCGGAACAGCUUACAAUUCAAACUUGAAUCGAGUGGUCACACUCCACUUUGACUCCAAAGCGACCCCCAUUUUCUGUCACUUUGGAGAUUUUGGGUGCGGAGAUGGAGUAUGGACACCAGUCAUGAAGAUUGACGGCAGUAAGAGCACAUUUCACUACAGCUCGAGUUACUGGUCGGAUAAAAUUACAUACAACGUCCAGGGAGGAAAGACUGCUUUUGAUUCACACGAGACCAAGCUACCAACAUACUGGAACACACCCUUUUCAAAGAUCUGUCUUGGUAUGAAGAUUGGGCAGCAGAUAAACUUUAUUACCAUCGAGAGGCAGGCUAGCUCCUUAUAUUCACUGAUCGCUGACGGGCAAUACCGCAACACAUCAUUGGGCCGUGAGAAGUGGAAAUCGCUGAUUGGUUCACAAGCCUCCUUACAAUACUACUGCAACAUCGAAGGCUUCAACCCUGUUUGUAGUUGGAGUUCAGCUUCCAAAGCUAGAAUUGGUAUCUUGAGUAACAAUGAAGAUCUUUGCUCCAGUUGUGAUGCCAGAAUCGGCUUUGGUACUGGGGGAAAACCGGAUGACUCGAACACAUGCGGAAACUCCGCAGUGUACCUUACAGAUAACGGAGAUAAACAAAUCAAAGCCAUAGGAUACAUCUUGGUCCAGUGACACGUAUCCAUCGAAAAGCACCGCUUAUUGCGUUGUAAAUGUUUUUGAAAUACAAUAUAUACAAAAUGUAAAGGGAAUCUUACCCAGUAGACUAGCAACUCAGCCAUCUAAACCACGUCAAGUCAAUAGAGAUUUAUCAUUACAUACUCAUCUCACUUCCAUUACCGUUCAAUCACAUGUUCUAUCAAAGCAGGAGACAGAUGGAGACACCCAAGCAGGCUCUUGACGUCUUCAAUUGUCUCCAUUCAGAAUCGGAGUUUGGAGUGUUGACAUUUUCGGAAGGAAAAAACUGGAGAAAAUCGAGUAAAAGGUAACCAACCAACAAACAGACAAUCAAAAACAAAAACAAAAGUCAGAGUCCCUUGAGCAACCAAUAUUUCGCACGUACGCUAAGCAUGAAAGAAUCCUCAAUCCUUUAUUUUGCAAAGGUGACCUAUUUAACAUUUUAAAAGUGUCUAGUCCAGCUAAAAGAAUAUAAAAUUUUGUCAGUAAUUUCGAUAGCCAGGCUUCUUGGUCACUGGGUAUUUGACACUAUAGACCACCAGAAAGUAGUUUUUUUAAUAGUAGUCAGCUUAAUUGCACCUUUAAGUCUUAAAAAUCGUAGUUUGAAUCCGCCUCAUUAAGCUUUGCCCUUCGUAAAACCCAUGAUUGAUAUCUUUCAAUAUUAAUGUGACUUCUAAAAAAGCAUUUAUGCAAAUUUACCCUGAAUUCAAGCGACUCAUCUUUCCAUCUGCCUAGUGAGUGUUAAAAACAUAAAGUGACGAAGUCUAUUUGUGAGUGAAUACAAAUGUGUGUUUUGGAGUUGUCAGUCCACUUGUUUGUUUUCUGCAAUGGUGUGUGUAAAUCUUGUCUUUCUUCCAUCGAAAAGCUGAAGUCAAUGAGACUCAGGCUCUUUCCAGCUAAACACUAGGGGAUUCAAUGCUACUUUUAUUCAUCGAAUUCUACCGGUUUCUGUUACGAAUUUUACGGUAGAAUGUCCAAAUUCAAGGGACUUGCAAAGAAUAGGCGAAAGUGUAUUUAUAGGCUAGAAGAACUUAGAACUUCGCUCAACGUUUCACAAACGACCUAAUUGUGCUGAAAAAUUCGGGUAUUAAUGAGAGUCACAUUGAUUAACGUAAUUGUUAAGUGCAAUUAACUCUCGUUUUAACUUUUUGAAUUCCUUUUUGUGAAGGAUUAAGUAAUAACAAAUUGCUUGUAGGCCGCUUUUCAAUCUUUUUGAAAAGAAACAUUCAGUACCAUAAAAUUUAUUUCGAAAUCAAUUUUUGCCGAAAAAACCAAGUGAAAGUGUCGAUCAAGACAAGGGAAGUUUUGUAGAUAUCAACACAAUGAAUAUAGCGCCUACUAAAAACAAAAUCAAAGGAUAAAGGAAAUAAAAUUGCAGUU